AUGGGGCGGAACUGAUCAUUGUAUUGCACACCUCUAAAAAAAAGUGCUCUGAUUUAUAAAUAAUAAAAAAGAGAUCCUCUAAGGAGGGCAGUUUUUUGUGAUGGCAACUUCACUUCUGGGGGUGAGUCUAAGGAUUUUCUUUUGCUGGUUUAAUUAGCUCUUUAUUGUAGGGAUUCGAGGUGUUUAAAAAAGUCCCAGUCAAGGCAGGGCUAUCAGUCUCCUGUUGAGUUUUUUUUUAAAGCGAGAGGUAAAAGAGGGGCCGAGUCACAUUUCAGUUUAACAUCGCUCUGAGGGCAUUUGCACAAACUUCCUCUCAGCGCGAUCCCACUGAGAGGCAGAGGGAGGCCUUAAAAAAAUAUUUUCAGCUGUUACCUGGGAAUUUGUAGAUCGCGAUCCAUCAGGUUCUACAGGAAGAACCGAGGCUAGGAUCAACUCCUUUGGCAAUGUUGGCUGCUACAUGUAAUAAAAUCGGCAGCCCGAGUCCGUCGCCCUCCCUGUCGGACAACCCGUCCUAUGGAAAAGGAUUCCAUCCCUGGAAAAGAUCAGCUUCCAGUUGCAGCAACAACUCCAGUCUUUCCGGCUUUGGGGUCUCGGGCUCUCGGAACGGGGCAGGACUGUCAGAUUCAUUCAGUGUCAACUGCUCGUCGGGGAGCAGCGCUUUCUCCCUCACCUCCAACACCUCGUCAACGUCGCCCUUUGGGAACGAGUACUCGGUCUUUCAGUCACCAGUCUCCAGUAACUCACAGGACGCUGCCCAACCGGUCUUCAUCUCCAAAGUUCAUACCACAGUGGACAGUCUGCAAAACAGUUUACAAGGCAUCUACCCCAGGGUCGGGAUGGCACACCCGUACGAGUCCUGGUUCAAACCGUCCCAUCCAGGGAUAGCUGGGGAUGUGGGGAGCGGAGCAUCGGCUUGGUGGGACGUGCACCCAGGAACAGCUGGUUGGAUUGAUGUUCAGAACCCCAACGGGGCCUUGCCGUCCUCCUUACACUCCAGCGGGCUCCAAUCUCCGCUUCAUUCCCCUCUUGGCGGCUACAACUCGGACUAUUCGGGUCUCAGCCAUUCGGCCUUCAGCACGGCCGGCAUCAACGGAGCAUCUUCUCACCUCCUGUCCAGCGGCCAACACCUGAUCACCCAGGAUGGCUUCAAGCCCGUUUUACCGCCCUCUUACCAGGACUCGGCCCCUUCGCCGCUGGCCGCCAACUCAAUGCUGGGUAGCCCGGCCACCAUGGGUGCAUCUCCGCGCUCUUCGGCCAGGCGCUACUCGGGACGUGCGACCUGCGAUUGCCCCAACUGCCAGGAGGCUGAGCGACUGGGGCCGGCUGGAGCCAGCCUCCGGAGGAAAGGGCUGCACAGCUGCCACAUCCCGGGCUGCGGCAAGGUAUACGGCAAAACCUCGCACCUGAAAGCCCACCUGCGCUGGCACACGGGCGAGAGACCCUUCGUUUGCAACUGGCUCUUCUGCGGCAAGCGCUUCACCCGCUCGGACGAGCUACAGCGCCACCUCCGCACCCACACCGGCGAGAAGAGGUUCGCCUGCCCCGUCUGCAACAAGCGCUUCAUGCGGAGCGACCACCUGAGCAAACACGUCAAGACACACCAGGCCACCGGGGUCGGGGGCGUCGCGGCCAUCGGCGCGACUGGAGGGGACAGCGACAGCAAGAAGGACACCGACAGUGAGCACAGCGCCCCCGGCUCCCCACGCUGCCACUCUCCGGAGCUGUUGCAGGCGGCAGCCCUUGGCGGCUCGGCAGCCGCGCUCAAUGGUCACAACAAUGGUCUAGAGUGAGGACGUUGGAAGAAACGACCGGCAAACAAAAAGUAUGCUUAAAACUUAACAGGUUCUCGUGUAAGUAAAACGAGGAGGGGGCUUAAAGAAAAGAUCAAGAAUGCAUCCAAAUCUGCUUUGCUAGCAUAGACCAGAUAGCUCGGGACAAAAAGAAAAACAUAUAUCCCAGUGCAAAUCUCACCAGGUCCCAGGUCCAAAAUUGUUCGAUUUAAUGAUCCAGGUAGCAGUACCUCCUGUUUUUACUAAUUACCUGCUGGUAUAGUUAUGCCCGAUAAAAAUGCGAAUGGGAGCACUAAUUAAAGUGUCCCGGCUUCAAAGAAAUCUUGUUGAUCAGUUCGAAACAUUUUUCUUUUAAAGUUUUAUUUUGAGAUCCAAAUGUUUCUCUCUCGCGGAUGGAUUACACAGUGCCUGCCUUUUAAACACCGCUCGGUAAAUGUAUCAACUUUGUAGCCGCACAAGUUGGUUUCGACAUUUGUUCUCCAAAAGUUCUAUGUUAAUCGAGAAUAUUAGUUUCCGUGGGUUGGAAGAUUUCGCAAAAUUGUCAAAAUAUUCCAAAUAUUAGACGUCCAAUAAUAUCGUAUUCACGCGUUUCUUUUUGUCCGGAACUACCUGAAGAAGCUCCAAUACUUCUAGCUCCGAUUGGAAAUUCUGCUUCUCUGGAAAUGAUUUGUAUGUAUAGUAUUUUUUUCUCCUGUAAAUUCUUCGACAAGUAUUUGAACAUAUACAUUAACGUACUUAUUAUUUUCGUUGUCAAAUAAUAAAGUGGCAAAUUGUUUUCAAACACGAUCGACGGCGCUCUGUAGUGAGAAUAAAAAGGAUAACAGCAACUGUAAAAUAUCUGCAAGCCUUUGUAAAACUGGGGAAAGGAUUAAGAUAGUUAAUUAUUAACUAAUCGCUCCACUGGUAUCUAGGUGCGAAAUGUUAUUUGUCCAGGAGACGAUUUUUGUACAGUAUUUUCCUGUAAAUUCUUCCGAAAAAAAUAUUUGAACAUAUAUAAGGGUAAAUCUAAGGGAUUUUUGGUUGUUGUCAAGAAAUAAUAGUGAGAUGAUGCUGGAGAAUUCAUUGUGAUUUUCUGAAUUAAUAUAUCUUAAGGUGUAUCCAAGACGCACUUUGAGAACUUUUGUUUCCUUUUUCUGUUGGAUUUGUGAAAAAAAUAACAUCUUAAAGAAUGAAGCAGACGAUGUAUGGUAAAUGUUGAAUGGCUUUUUUAUUUUAUUUAAUGGAGCAUGUAUCUACUUAUUUGCAUAUACUGGCAGUCAGAUAGUUUAAAGCAAUUUUCGCAUAUAUUUCGUAACGAGUGGGUUUGCAGCAAACCCCAAAAUAUAGAAUAAAUCCUGGACUAGAUUUGAUCUGUUGUCUACGUGCAUUUGGUUUUUUUUUUAAAGUAAAGUAUUUAAACUUUCAUAUAAACUGGAGACAAAGUCUAUAAUCUCUGACCAAACUACUUUAUGAAAACAGAAUUGUAAAAAUACGAAUAGGUGCACUUAUUAAAGUGGCCCAUCGUCAUGAACCGUACAAAAAGAUGCAAAGAUACUGUGGAGUUUUGAAUUCUGUCGUGUUCCGUGCACUUUUGAAGUGUUCCCUUCUCUCCGUACGAGAGAGCAUGUCCCAAGGCUGUAUUUAAUACAUUUUCUUUGUAUGUCGGCACAGACAUGGAAUUAAUUGUAUCUGAAAUGUGUGUACCAAAAUAAAGUAAUAUAUGUGCAGCAAUCAUCAACGAUCAAACGCUGUUUUAGAUACAAUUUUAUGAAAGAUCAUUCAUGUUUUUUUACGUAAGACGCAAGGUAGGGUUUCCAAACACCUACUUUUAUCUCCUGUACCAUAUCUCGAGUGAUAUACGUAGCCCUCUAGUUUAUGAGU